CUCGCGGGGACCCGGCAGCUGCCUAGCGGCGGGCGGCGGGCGGCGGCCAGCCCGGGGGUGGUGCGAGGCGGCGGGACUCAGCCCCGCGCGGGGAGCAGGCACCAUGGUGCUGUCGGUGCCUGUGAUCGCGCUGGGCGCCACGCUGGGCACCGCCACCAGCAUCCUAGCGCUGUGCGGGGUCACCUGCCUGUGCCGGCACAUGCACCCCAAGAAGGGGCUGCUGCCGCGGGACCGAGAGCCGGACCCCGAGAAGGCGAGGCCGGGCGUGCUCCAGCCCGCCCAACAGUUCAAUGUCAAAAAAUCCACCGAGCCCGUCCAGCCCCGCGCUCUUCUCAAGUUCCCCGACGUCUAUGGCCCCAGGCCGGCUGUGACAGCCCCGGAGGUCAUCAACUACGCAGACUACACACUGGGGACCACGGAGGAGCCUGCUGCACCUGCCAGCCCCACUGCCCCCAACGACAGCCGCCUCAAGAGGCAGGUCACAGAGGAGUUGUUCAUCCUUCCUCAGAAUGGAGUGGUGGAGGACGUCUGUGUCAUGGAGACCUGGAACCCUGAGAAGGCAGCCAGCUGGAACCAGGCCCCCAAGCUCCACUACUGCCUGGACUACGACGGGCAGAAGGCUGAGCUGCUCGUGACCCGCCUGGAAGCCGUGACCAGCGAGCAGGACGGAGGCUGCGACUGCUAUGUCCAAGGCAGCGUAGCCAACAGGACCGGCUCCGUGGAGGCCCAGACGGCCCUGAAGAAGCGGCAGCUGCACACCGCCUGGGAGGAGGGCCUGGUGCUCCCCCUGGCGGAGGAGGAGCGCCCCACGGCCACCCUGACCCUGACCCUCAGGACCUGCGACCGCUUCUCCCGCCACAGCGUGGCCGGGGAGCUCCGCCUGGGCCUGGAUGGCGUGUCCGUGCCUCUGGGGGCCGCGCAGUGGGGCGAGCUGAAGACCUCGGCUAAGGAGCCAUCUGCAGGAGCCGGAGAGGUCCUCCUGUCCAUCAGCUACCUCCCGGCGGCCAACCGCCUCCUGGUGGUGCUGAUCAAAGCCAAGAACCUCCACUCCAGCCAGUCCAAGGAGCUCCUGGGGAAGGAUGUCUCUGUCAAGGUGACCCUGAAGCACCAGGCUCAGAAGCUGAAGAAGAAGCAGACGAAACGCGCCAAGCACAGGGUCAACCCCGUGUGGAACGAGAUGAUCAUGUUCGAGCUGCCGGACGACCUGCUGCGGGCGUCCAGCGUGGAGCUGGAGGCGCUGAGCCAGGACGAGGCGGGGCGGGGCUGGGCGCUGGGCCGCUGCAGCCUAGGCCUGCACGCCUCCGGCUCCGAGCGCAGCCACUGGGAGGAGAUGCUCAAAAACCCUCGCCGCCAGAUCGCCAUGUGGCACCAGCUGCACCCGUAGCCCCCGGCCGCCCUCCGCCACCUCCCUGUGGGCCCCUUCCUCCGCUCGGAAGGCAGAGGCAGAGGGUUGGCGAGGCCAGGCCCCUGGUCCCCUCUCACCACACUCCCGUUUUUAGAAGGUAACAAAGCCAGCCCCGCAGCGUGUGGAAGCGGGCCAUUUGGGUCACACUGAGCAAUGGUUUUGCUCAUCUGUCGUGGGAAGAGCCCCCCAUCGGGGCACCUCAUGUGCAGGCGAGCUGAGGUGAGGUUGGGCCGGAGGCAGGGAGGCUCCAGCUGAGGGAUAAUGGGCGCAAAGAAGAUUUGGGCUUUUUUAAAAAGAAGCAUUUCAAAAAAUGAUAAAGAAAAUAAAAUCGUCCCCUAUCAACCCAUACAUCAGACUGUCUGGGUGAAAGGAAACAGCCCUCCAGGCGGAGCCCCGCUGUGCGCAGACAUUAGCAUGUGAAGAAUCACCAGCAGACUCCAGCCCGUGGACCUCCGGGUCAUUGUUCCCAGCCAAGGCCCGGACCCUCGCCCACAGGCACCGCUAUCCCAAGCAGAGCAGAGCGGAGGACCCUGCUUGGAGAGACCCCUUCUACAGCAUUCCAGACAGCGCCCAGCGUGGACAGCCCUCCACGGCCCCAACACCAGGGCCACCGGGUCUAACGCCGGACUCCUCAACUGUCAGAGUGAAUUUAGGUCCUCUGAUUUUUAUUCAUUUUAAUUCUUCAUUUUAAAAUCUGUGCGUUUCUGAUUCUGCUCUUGGACUCCCUUGUGUGUGUGGUGUUUUUUUUAAUUGAAGAAUUUUAUUGUUUUAUUUUUUAAUUGACUUAUGUUAUAGUUGGGGAAUCCGUCCCCCACAAAAUAUAGGUGGGAUCCCCCGUGGGUCCCUGAGCGGGAUGUUGACUGAGUGUUAGUUGUCAUGUCCACCAGCAUCACCAAAGUGACCCCGUGUGAGACCCAUCCCUUCUCAGCAUUCCAGCGGGUCCAGGGAGAAGUCCUUAGGAGCUUGGUCUAGUGCAUCCAGAAGGCAACUUUAAAAGGAAAUGAGGUCUUUUGUAAAUGCGCCUCCCUCCUCCCUCCCUCCCUCCCCUCUGGUUUGGGGACUUUCACUGUAAUGGGUAAAUAACCAGCAGCUAGGUGUUGACCUUCUCCCUUGUUAUUCCCGGUAGAUGUCCCCAUUGUUUAAUUCAGUCUAACGAUGCACUUGCUGAGUGACCAUAGCAUUCACAGGUGACCCGGACUCCUGGGUGUUCUGUGGUCAGGUCCUCAGAACCUCAACACGGUUCUCUGUAAAACAGGACCCGUGUCGUGGGAGCUGUCUGCAUGGGAUGUGACGGACGGGGUGGUGUCCCAAAGCUGUUGGCUAAAAACAAACUCUAGCAGAUGAUCUUUAAGCUAGAUGACUGUCUUUCACUUCAAGUCGGCAGUGGAGGAUGCCCCGAACGUGCCAGAACCUUCUGGCUAUUUCCACCACCGUGGGUUCUGCAUUUGGACUCCUCUGUAUGAACUUCCAACUCUGGACCUUCAGAUGUCACCCGGGUUCCCCGAUCUAGAUGAGGAUUUCUAGACGGAAUCGGGCCAUCGUGCCUCCGUGAAUCCAGUCUCUCUUAAGCUCGCGCCCUGAGAAUCCGAGAGGGACCUCGUAACCUUUGGUCAUGACUGGCUCCUUCUAUACAGAAACAGAAACGCAUUUGAAAUAGCUUCACCCUGGAAAACCAGGCAAACAUCGGAUCCUUCCUUCACGGGCAAGUCUUCCAGAGAGUCGG